CGUCAUCAUCGUGCGCCCCGCCGGUGACGUGGCCUCGGUAUGGCGUGGUCCGGAUGGCAGUGUGCUUCUUACUACUGAACUUUCGAGUUUCGUUUCUCCGGGUCCCGGUCUCCACCUAUCAUCACGUUUGCAUCCGGUCUGCAGCCAUGAAGUCCAAGAACUCCUUACCGGACCGGUGGAAGGAGUACAUUCCCAUAGGAAAACGUAUCCCGGGAACACGUUUUAUUUGUUUUAAAGUUCCUUUAAAGAAUGUGUUUGAUAAUAAGCUGGCACCUUGGCAGCGAUUCUCCCCCUCAAAUCUUGUUCAGGAAGUUAGGAAACAAAAUGAAGAACUUGGAAUGGUUGUGGAUCUAACCUGCACCAAGCGCUACUAUUCCCCACAGGAAUUUCCUAAUACUAUAACUUAUUGUAAGAUCUUUACCAUUGGCCAUGAAGUGCCUAGUGAUGCAGUUAUCGCCCAGUUUAAAAAUGCUGUGAAAGAAUACCUAAGCGAGAAUGAAGGGAAUGAUAAACUUGUUGGUGUUCAUUGUACUCAUGGAUUGAACAGGACUGGAUAUUUAGUUUGCAGGUAUUUGAUUGAUAUGCUGAACAUGGAGCCAUCUGAAGCCAUAGAAAAAUUCAACAAAAGUCGUGGACAUAGCAUAGAAAGAAGCAACUAUCUACAUGACCUUUUACAUGGCAGAUCUAGAAGCAGUGAUGGUUUAGAUAAACCUCAAGCCAGUAAUCACCAAUACUUCCCAGAGGACCAACCCCGGAGUCACAGCAAUGCUCGAUUAGAUAGACCUCAAGCCAGGAAUCAGCAACACUUGCCAAAAAAGACUUCACAUUCACAGCCACCUCCAUGUCCAGAGGCGCAACCCUGGAGUCACAGCCACACUGUUGGCGCUCCAAGAUGCGGGCCGAGGUUUCCGGGGCCACCAGUUGCGCAGCCAUCUUCUCAUCAUCGCCCUGGCCAAGUGAUGGGACCACGACAUGGGUUUCCACAUGCUGGUGGGAGAAAUCCUAGUCGUGAUCCCAGGAUACCUCGACAUGGUCCUCCACCCCCACAUAUGCCAGGUCCCAGGUACAGUUCACCGCAAGUGGAAGGUUACAUGUCGCAUCAUUUUAGAGGUCCUAAUAGACACAGGCACCAUCCACAGAGACCCUUCCCUCAUCACUGGGAUUAUGAUGCAUUAAAUGGCGCGCUACCUCAAGACUGUAGACCGCGCUUUUGUCAACAGAGAGACGACCAUCCUGGCAAUUAUGUUCCAGAACCGCACGACAACAAACCUUACCAGAGGUAUCCGAAACCUGGCGGCAAAAUGAAACCCAAGAAUCAGCGGCAGUAACAAGUGGUGCUAUUAUUUAAUUGUGUGAUUGUUGACUUUUAUAUAGUUUUCUUUUUUUUUUUUUUUUUUUAAUAUCUUUUACAAACUGUGGAUUUGCCGAGAUGUGUUACCAUUGUUUUUGAAGGUCAGACAGAGGAAAGACUUUAUUCAUUAUAUAUUGCUGCUAACCUAUUGGCAUUGUACUUUAGGGUAGGGUACUUGAAGGGUGGCCUUGCCCAUGUCAUCGGACCUCAUUAUAUAGUUACUGUUAUAACUUAGAUUCUCUGCCGAGGGAACCUUCUAUAUCAAUAUAUAUAUAUACACACCAGGUAGUUUACAUUUCCACAGAGGAAUGAAUCUUAUCUGUACAGCACUUUAAUAAUGUUGGCUUUUUUGCUGUACCUAUGCCUACACUCUAGCCUCUAUGUACAAGCAUACGUGUGUACAGUACAUGACGUGUAAGAUAUAUUUCAGAAGGUAAUUGUCUGGAAGGUGCUUUAAUGUGAUGGUGGGACUGGCUAACCAGUUAAUAUGUAUGGAGGCCAUCUUAAAUUGGUUUUCUGGUCGUUUAACAUUCCUGGCCUGUCCACAGGAAAGGCCAUCAAUGUCUGAUACUCAUGCCGAUGCUUUAAUACAUACACAUUGAACCGCCGAAAACAGAUUGUUCGGCUUAUUGUGUAAAGAUAGUCCCAGGUUACUACAGCGCAGCUCCACCGCUAUACAGUAAAUAGCCAGCGCUAUGUAUGUGUCGUAGCCGUGGCCCACCCAAACAGCUACAGACUAAUGGCCUAUUCCAGUGUUUCCCAUCCAGGGUUCCUCCAGUUUUUGCCAAACUAUAAUUCUCAGCAUGCAGGGGGUUGUAGUUUUGCAACAGCUGGAGGUGCUCUGGGUUGGGAAAUCCUGGCCUAUCCUGUGAAUAGGCCCAUCAAUGUUAAAUACCCAGAAAACCUCCUUUUAAAGGGGUCCUCCGGUGGAAAACAAUUUUUUUCAAAUCAACUGGUGCCAGAAAGUUGAACCCGCG